CUCAGGUGGUUGUCAUCCUCUGCGGUUCUUUUUCUUCUCUUUCUCCACCUGUGCGGCCCUCUCGGCCUCCUCCCGUGCUGCCCGUGCCGACCGCCACUCCGGGGUGUCCUCCCACUCUUCUGGGCACUCGGCCGCCCGCUCCCUCAGCUUGCCCAGAAUCCAGUCGACGAUAUCCUGAGCCUGGGCAUAUUGUUGUGAAUGACAUCAAGGCAACACAUGGAUGCGUUAAAGCAGCUGCCGACACACAGAUGUGUGUGUGUGUGUGCGUGUGUGUGUGUGCGGCUGACCUGGUCAUAGGUGUCGAAUGUGGUGCAUGACUUCAUAUGGAACAAGCCCAGCCUUUCAUCCGGUCCGGGGCUGUCCUUCUCAUCAGGCAGCUCCACCAUGUGCCACCGAAGCCCGUCCGUCACCGCGCCAUGCUGCAACAAGACCACACACACACGGGGGCGUGUGUGUGAGUGGGUGUGGGUGUGCCUGUGUGUUGGGUUACGCUGCCGAGUUUUUUCUUGCGGAUGUGUACGGCCGUCUUGGCCAUGCCGAUUUGGCGACCGGUGCCGUCGAAGGCGAUCCAGAAAAACGGCCGAGGAUGGUCGUCACCCCAUGUCAGGACGAAGGCGGGCCGCUGAUAUUCACAAUAAUAGAGGCAGUCCAGGGAGUGAGUGCUGGCGUGAAAUUCGUUUGUGUGGCUGACAGUCUCUCAGUGUCUGUACGUCCGUACCUCUCCCAUGAAUUUGCCCGUCCGGCGGUUGAACCGCGUCCACAGGUAGUACGAGAGCAUGCUCAGGUGGGGGUAGCCGGCCAUGACCACUUCCUGCACAGUGGGCCACACCAGCGUCCCAAACAAGACGGCGGGGUGGUCGGACUCCAUGCCAAUCGCGAAGGAUGUGUUAAUUCGAGUCCCAAAGUCGUAUUCAGAGACGUUGCGGCGGAUCUCCAGCGGGUUGAGCUGCCACUCCUCCUCCAUUAUGGGGCGGAAGCCGUGUUUGUGCCUGACGUUGCGGAACGUCACCUGACAGGAAACAGACAGACAGGCAGCACACACAGUGUGAGCGUCUUGGCUGCGUGAGUGCAUACCAUGUGCAUGAGUCCCCUGUGGCGUCGAUAUGCCUCUCUACGAGAGCGGGCAGCAGCGAUGGCAGACCGGCGGGAAUGAGGAGGCAGCUUGAAGCCAAGCACGGCUGCCGCAAGAACGAACAGGCAAGUUGCGAACAGGAUCAGGCGGAAAAGGCGCACCAUCGUAUCUGCAUUGCGACACUGCUGGUAGAUCCAGAGCUUCCAAACAGUCGGAAGGCCGCUUG